ACCACCAGCUGAUUGUACUGUAGAAUGUUAGUAAAAAAAAAUUGAACAAACUAAGACUUUAGAUUAUUGUGAUGGUUUUUUUUCUAAAAUAAGAAUUUACUUACUCAUAGAGUAAUAUUAAGAUCCUUUUAACUUAAAUUGUUCAUAUAGUUAAUGAAUUUUGGAGUUUCAUUACAUAUUAAGGAACAUAUACAACGAUAAUGAUAGGAAAAAAUGAUCAAACUGAUAGUGAUAAAACAACUCGGAUGAAAAUAAUUACCGAGAAAAAACAAGUACUUGAAGAGAAUGCUGCAAAGGUACGUGCUCAAGUGACAAAUUGUUUUGAUGAUUUAAGAAACAGUUUAAAAUCAAGAGAAAAACAAUUACUACGACAAAUAGAAGCUAUUCACAAUCAGCAAUUAUCUAUAAUUCAAUCUAAUUGGGAGCUCGUGGGUACUGAGCCAUCUAUCACCGUCAACUUAGAUGAAGUAAAAAAUUUUCAAGAUAUCAUCUCUAAACUAGGAAAAAUUGAGUUACCAGAUAAAGAGAGUCUCAUUGUGAAAAAUUUAGAUCCUUAUAAAGUUCAAGAAUAUGAAGAUGCUAAUAAGGAUAUUGUAAAUUUUGAUAAAUCUCUAAACAUUCAUCAAAGUGAAACCAAUGUUAUCAUUAAAUUAUCAAAUCUUCAGUAUAAAAGAGAUUCAAUGAGCCCAUCAAAUCAUAGUGAUUUCAGUGAUUUAAAGAUUUCAUUUCCAAGUAAUUCUAUCAAUGUCACAAACGAUUCUGAGUUAAAAACCAAAAAUAUUAUAUCCCCAAACUUAAGAUCUCAAAAGAAGCUUAAUGAAACAGAUAAUAAUCACUGUCCAUUAUCGUGUUCACAAGAUAGUACUUUAAUAAUACCUCAUCCCUCAUCUGACAACGUAAAUAACAGCAUCCUUAAUGGAUCUUUGUGUUCAAGUGAAACAAAAGUAGAAAACUCUGAAAACGAAAUUACUCCUUUAUCUUCACCAGUUUUUAUAGAACAAAAUGAACAGGAAAGUAAUGGAAAUAGUCUUGAUAAUUUUAAGGAUAGUGUAGACGAAUUUAUUAAUGUGAAUGGUGACGUUAAUAAUGCUCAGGAAAAAAAUUCAACUGAUGAACAUCCAAAACAAAUUCAACAAUGGUUACAACAGAUUUUAAUAGAAUCUGAAACAGAACCACCAGUACAAGAAGUCGGGUCAUUUACAGAAAUAUCGAAAUUUCACAACGAAUCUCCAUUAGGCACAUAAUAGAUUUAGUUUUAAUUUGAAUGAUCGUAUAUUUAAAAAUGUUGCCACAUAAGAAAUUUUUCUAUCAAUUAGAUUAACAUAACAUUAAUUGAUAAGAAUAAUUUUAAACUGUCAUAAGCUAGAGAUUAAUAUUUCAUCGCUUUAAAAUUCACUA